CCAACUCCUGCCUGAUACGAGUCCCUUUCCCAACCCCCAGGGAGAAAGGGGCUGGAGGAGGGAGCAAGUAAGAGACAGGGCCCAGAGACAGAGGGAGCCAGGCAAAGGCACAAGCGAGGCAGAGGCAAGGGAGGCAGAGAGAGGGACUGAGGCAGAGAACAGCGGGCAGAGACAGAGACUGGGAGGGAGACAGGGCUGGAGUGGGCAGGGAGGGAGACGGAGGCCGGCAGCACACAAGGGCAGAGGCUAGGAUCGGGAGGCAGGAGCAAAGGUGGGCAGAGGGCAAGGGAGAGGAUAAGGGGAAAGCGGAGCCCCAAGGCUGGGCUGCUUUAGGGGGCCUGCCAGACAGGCCUGGGAUUAAAGGAAGCGGCAGCCAGAGAGGCCUGGACCGGCCUGGGCCACCAGCCCAGGGUUGUUGAGACACCAUGGGGGGGCUGGAAUUAGCCAGGCAGAUGCUGCUCCUGCUGCUGUUAGGGGCGGCAGGGACAGCCUGGGAACCACACAAGGGGAAGUGCCCCCCAAGUUGUUCCUGUACCAAAGAUAGUGCCCUGUGCAACGGCUCCCCCCGAGUGCCUGAAGGCUUCCCCCCUACCCUGCUGUCCCUGUCUUUGGUAAGAUCUGAAGUGACUCGACUUACCUCUGGCAGCUUCCUGGAGAUCCCCUCCCUGCACCUUCUUCUCUUCACAGCCAACACCUUCUCUGUGAUUGGAGAUGACGCUUUUGCUGGCCUCUCCUAUCUCCGGUAUCUGUUCAUUGAGGACAAUCACAUCAGCUUCAUCUCCAAGAAUGCCCUCCGGGGGCUGAGAUCCCUCACACACCUGAGUUUGGCCAAUAACCAUUUACAGACACUACCCAAGUUCCUGUUCCGAGGCCUGGAGACCCUGAGUCACGUGGAUCUCCGGGGAAACCCAUUCCUCUGUGACUGCCGCCUGCUGUGGCUGGUCCUGUGGCUGCCCCGAGUGAAUGCCAGUGUGGGAGCUGGAUCCUGUGCAGGGCCCACUCCCUUAGCCGACAGGCAGCUCCAACAUCUGGAUCCCGAUGCCUUCCACUGCCGGACUGUCGAGCUUUCCUGGUUCCAGACCCUUGGGGAACCAGCACUUGGUGUGGAAACCUUCUCCUACCUGGGGGAGCCGCACGUGGUCCUGGCCCAGCCCUUUGCGGGCAAAUGCCUCUUUCUGGUCUGGGAUUAUAUGCUGCAGCGCUUCCGACCUGAUGGAGAAAUCCCGGCGCCGUCGGUGGUGGCCUGUAAGCCCCUGGUGCUAGGCUCGCGGCUCUUCGUGCUGGUGGCCCGGCUGUGGGGGGGAUCCCAGCUGUGGUCCCGCCCGAGCCGGGGGCUGCGUCUGUCGCCGUCCCAGGCCCUGGCCCCGGAGCUGCUGCUGAAGCCCAAUGACGCGGAGCUGCUGUGGCUGGACGGGGAGCCGUGCUUCGUGGUGGCCGAGGUGUCCAAGGCCGGCCGCACCACUCUGCUGUGCCGCGACGGGCCGGGCCACGGCUUCUACACGCGCCAGAGCCUGCACGCGUGGCACCGAGACACGGACGCCGAGCCCCUGGAGCUGGCCGGGGAGCCGCACCUGCUGCUGGCCUCGGCGUCGCAGAGGCCGGUGCUCUACCGCUGGCAGCACGGCCGCUUCUCACGGCGCACCGACGUGCCCGAGGCCGAGGACGUCUAUGCCACCCGCCACUUCCAGGUGGGCGGAGACGUGCUGGUGUGCCUCACCCGCUACCUGGGCGACUCCAUGGUGAUGCGCUGGGAUGGGUCUAUGUUCCGUCUGCUUCAGGCGCUGCCAUCCCGUGGCUCCCUCAUCUUCCAGCCAUUGAUCAUUGCUGGGGACCAGCUAGCCCUGCUAGGUAGCGACUUCACCUAUAGCCUGGUAUUCCAGUAUGAGAGAGAGGCGGGGCUUCUGAAGCUGCUGCAGGAGCUGGGGCCCCCGGUGCCCUCUGCUCCCCGGGCCUUCUCCUUGGUUUCUGUGGCUGGCCGAAGGUUCCUCUUCACCGCCAACUUCAAGGGCCCCACCCAGGUCUACCAGCAUCUCAUCCACGACCUCAGUGCCUGAACAGGCUGGGACGGAGGGCCCCUUCUCCUCCCAUGUGUCCAGCAGGGCUGGGAAACUCUUGUGACCGACAGGCCCCUCCUCGACAAGGAAAGAGCCUGGUGUGGGGAAGUCAGGAGGCCGAGGGUCGCUCUGCCACAGCUAAUUUACUGAACGAGUCCCUUCUCUUAUUUUGACCCAAGUUUCCUUUCUUGGAAAAAACAAGGAGGGCGGACCAGGUGGCCAUUAAGAACCCCCCUAGUUCUAGCAUCAGGUGAAUCUUUGAAAGUUGGGGGAGGAUGUGGCUGAGGAGAUAUCCCUUGGAGGAGUUAGUGUGGCAUAAAGGAAAACACUGUUCGAAGGAGUCAAGUUCCACUCUUUGCUGUUAAUAUACAGCCUGUUUCUUCAUCUGGAAAAUGGGUAGAUAGUGGCAGAAAGUUGGCCUGGAUAAUCUCUAAGGAUUGGGACCAUCUCACCGAACAAUCUCAGAUCCCGAGCCCCUGACCCAGACAUUGCCCCUGACCCUGCUGGCCACUGAGGGGGACUUGACCUCCUGAGAAACGACAUUUCGGAGACCUGAGCAUCCCCAACAGCUGGAAUCUGCCCCUGACAUGGUGGCAACUGGGUGGGGACACCAGGAGCCAGAGAAAUGGCAGUGAUAGACCAGUGUGGCCACCUCUGGACUUGAAGCAGGAGAGCUGGGUUUGAAUCCUAUUCCCGACACUAAACUGUGUGAUUCUGGGCACAACAUUUAAUCACUCCGUGCCUCAGUUUCCAGAUCUGUAAAGUGAGGAUGAUCCCACUCAUGCUCCUACCUCACAGGGGUGUUGUGAGGAAAGUGCUUUGUUAAUCUUAAAGCACAGGAACCUGAGUGGUUAUUUUUAUAUGUGCGGGGCAGAAGAGAAGGGCUUGGGGCAGAGUCCCGGAAAUGUUCCUUGGACUUGAGUGGAGAGAUGACUGAUGUU